AUGCGUCUCUUUUUGAUUCCCAUCUCGACUCGCCGAGCUUUAAUAUACUCUCGUCCAUUGCGGAAAGACAUUCCAAAAGAGCUGUCCAUCCUCGAUCGCGUCACGACAAAGGCAGCUCAGACAUGGGCCCAAUGGGAAGAAGCUGAAGGGGGUUGGAAGAAACGCCUGGUGACUUGGGGCAAUUCAGUUCAGCAACGUAUUCCAUUUGAAGAAUGGGGGCUUAAGAGUAUUCCCUCAUUAAAUUCUCAAAAGCGGAUUGAUGAGGCACAUGGAACGAAAAAAAUCGAUGUACUAUACCCAGGAAACUCGCUCCGCUUGGAAAAGAUACCCGCUCUGCUACGGACCAUAGCCACGGAACGUCAGGAGUUUCACCGGAAAAAGAUGCGAUGGAGUUUUGGAAUCGCGCCAAUCACAGCACCUCUAGGGCUGAUUCCAGUAGUUCCAAAUAUCCCUUUCUUUUACCUGGUUUACCGUGGCUGGUCCCACUGGCGAGCAUUGAAUGGUUCCCAGCACCUUGAGUUCCUUGUGGAAAAGAACCUCCUAAAUCCCAUCUCCCUCCCCGACCUGGAGCGGCUAUAUGCCAAACGUGCAUCAUAUGCACUUGAUGAUACCCCACACGAUACCCCUGCCGAGGAGAUGGUUGAGGACAUUGAGAAAAGUGACGAGAGAAUUCUCCUGAAGAUGUCCGAUGCCAAGAAGCUCGCAACCAUCUUGGAUGCGCCAGACCUUGCACUGGAGGCUGAGCGAGCCAUCGUCCAAGUCACCGCACAGCUUCAAGCCCGUGCAGAUGAAGCGAAAUCGAAAGCACGAGAAUCCAACUCGGAGGAUAAAAAGAACCUUUAA